AUGUCAUCAGACCGGAUCCUGCGCGUCGGCAUCAUCGGCUGCGGCGAAGUCUCCCAAGUCAUCCACAUCCCCACCCUCAACCUCCUCACCCACCGCUUCCGCAUCACCUAUCUCUGCGACAUCUCCCGCCAGGCCCUCGAGUUCUGCGCCGCGCGCGUCGACGUCGUCAUCGUCGCCAACGCCGACCCCUUCCACGUCGAGCACGGCCUCCUCGCCCUCAAGCACAACAAGUACUGCCUCAUCGAAAAGCCUCUCGCGCUCAACUUUCGGGAUGUCGAUCGCAUCCUCGAAGCCGAGAAGACCUCCGCGGGCAAAGUGUUCGUCGGCACCAUGCGCCGGUACGCGCCGGCCUUCCUCGAUGCCGUAAAAGAGGUGGGCGGCAUGGAGAACAUCAAGUACGCGAGGGUACGGGACAUCAUCGGCCCCAACCCGGCCUUUGUCGCGCAGUCUGGCACGUUUCCGCAGAGAUUUUCGGAUAUCGGCGAGGCGGAUGCCAAAGAGUUUGUCGACCGGGAGACGGAUAUUUACGAGCAGGCACUGAAGAAUGAGUUUGAUAUUCCCGUGAAUCCGCAAUCCAAGAGGAUGCUGCGUGUCCUCGGCGCGCUCGGCACCCACGAUCUCUCCGCCAUGCGCGAAAUCAUCGGAAUGCCCAAAUCCGUCGCGGGCGCCGUCCUCACCCUGCCCGGAAUCUUUUCCGUCCUCUUCCAGUACGACGACUUCCCCGUCGUGUACGAGUCCGGGUUGAUCAACGUCAUGGAAUUCGACGCCCACAUCGAGAUCUACUCCACCAACAAGGUCGUACGCGUGCAGUACGACAGCCCGUAUAUCAAGGCUCUCCCCGUCACCAUGACUGUGCGCGAGACCGUCGGAGACGGCGGCUUCCAGGAACGCACGAUCCGCAAGACGUUUGAGGACCCCUACACGCUCGAGUUUCUCGAGUUUUACGACUGCGCAGCGCACGGGAAAGUGCCGAAAACGAGCGCGGCGGAUUCGAGGAACGAGAUUGAGCUUUACAAGAUGAUUUUGCAGGCGGGAGCAUCCCGACUCUUGGUCUUCUAA